AUGCAUGAUGUCAUCAGGAAGGUGAAGAAGAAGGGCGAGUGGAAGGUGCUGGUGGUGGAUCAGCUCAGCAUGCGCAUGCUCUCUUCCUGCUGUAAAAUGACCGACAUCAUGACGGAGGGGAUAACAAUUGUGGAAGACAUCAACAAGCGCCGAGAGCCGCUCCCCACCUUGGAGGCUGUGUACCUCAUCACCCCAUCUGAUAAGUCUGUCCAUUCACUCAUCAGUGACUUCAAGGAUCCCCCUACGGCCAAGUACAGGGCUGCCCAUGUCUUCUUCACUGACUCCUGCCCCGAUGCCCUGUUUAACGAACUGGUGAAAUCUCGUGCGGCCAAAGUCAUCAAGACCCUGACGGAAAUCAACAUAGCCUUCCUUCCCUACGAGUCCCAGGUUUACUCCUUGGAUUCUGCCGACUCUUUCCAAAGCUUCUACAGUCCCCACAAGACCCAGUUGAAGAACCCAAUGCUGGAACGCCUGGCAGAACAGAUUGCCACCCUGUGUGCCACCCUGAAGGAAUAUCCAGCUGUCCGAUACCGAGGAGAUUACAAAGACAACGCCAUGCUGGCCCAGCUAAUCCAGGACAAACUGGACGCCUACAAGGCUGACGAUCCGACCAUGGGCGAGGGUCCCGACAAAGCUCGCUCCCAGCUCCUCAUUCUGGACCGUGGCUUUGACCCCUCAUCUCCCGUGCUGCAUGAACUGACUUUCCAGGCUAUGAGUUACGACCUGCUGCCCAUCGAAAAUGAUGUCUACAAGUAUGAAACAAGCGGCAUCGGAGAGGCCCGGGUGAAGGAGGUUCUCCUGGAUGAGGACGAUGACCUCUGGAUCACCUUGCGCCACAAGCACAUUGCCGAGGUGUCCCAGGAGGUCACCCGCUCUCUAAAGGAAUUUUCUUCCAGCAAGAGGAUGAACACAGGCGAGAAGACCACUAUGAGGGACCUGUCCCAGAUGCUGAAGAAGAUGCCACAGUACCAGAAAGAACUCAGCAAGUACUCGACUCACCUGCACCUGGCUGAGGACUGCAUGAAACACUACCAAGGCACCGUGGAUAAGCUCUGCCGCGUUGAACAGGACCUGGCUAUGGGCACUGAUGCCGAAGGGGAGAAGAUCAAGGACCCCAUGAGGGCCAUUGUCCCAAUCCUGCUGGAUGCAAACGUCAGCACCUACGACAAGAUCCGCAUCAUCCUGCUCUACAUCUUCCUGAAGAACGGGAUCACCGAGGAAAACCUGAACAAACUGAUCCAGCAUGCUCAAAUCCCACCAGAGGACAGCGAGAUCAUCACCAACAUGGCCCACCUCGGCAUGCCCAUCAUCACAGACUCUACCUUGCGUCGCAGGAGCAAGCCGGAGCGGAAGGAGCGGAUCAGCGAGCAGACCUACCAGCUCUCACGAUGGACCCCGGUUGUGAAGGACAUCAUGGAGGACACUAUUGAGGACAAACUGGACACCAAGCACUAUCCCUAUAUCUCCACCCGCUCCUCGGCCUCCUUCAGUACCACUGCAGUCAGUGCCCGCUAUGGACACUGGCACAAGAACAAGGCCCCCGGUGAGUACAGGGCUGGCCCUCGCCUCAUCAUCUUCAUCCUGGGGGGCGUGAGCCUGAGCGAGAUGCGCUGCGCCUAUGAGGUGACACAAGCCAGCGGGAAGUGGGAGGUGCUAAUAGGUUCUACUCACAUUCUUACUCCCACCAAAUUUCUCAUGGACCUGAGGCACCCCGACUUCAGGGACUCCACUAGGGUAUCUUUUGAGGAUCAGGCUCCAACAAUGGAGUGA